GUGCUUGCGUGUGUGCGUGUGUGUGUGUAACUCCCACGGGACUGUCAUUGAACCGGUCUGACAGCAGUUUUUCGUGCAGCAGUGUCUCAGAAACAUUUUGAAGAAGCUGGUUUUACCAAAUAAUCUCCCCAACUCGUCGAGCCGAACAGAACCAGUGAGAGAGAAAGUGGGAAAGAGAGAAAGAGUUGGUCGUUUACUGACGGAGACAGAGAGAGAGAGAGAGAGAGAGAGAGAGAGAGAGAGAGAGAGAGAGAGAGAGAGAGAGAGAGAGAGAGAGAGAGACGGGUUCAAAAAGAGAAAGAGCGAGAAAGGCGGAUCGAGAGAGAAACAGAAAGAGACGGAUCGAGAGAGAGAGAGGGGGGUGAGAGUGUGUGAUUGUGUGUGUGUGUGAGAGAGAGAGAGAGAGAGAGAGAGAGAGAGAGAGAGAGAGAGAGAGAGAGAGAGAGAGACGGGUCGAGUCAGCGCUGGGUAAAGUCCAUGCAGCGGGUUGACUUGUACUUCCUACAGCGGCGUUGAAGUUGUCCUUGAUCGACCGAUUCGUAGAGAUCGGUGGUUUUAGUUGUAUUCAUUCCGGUAGCAGAAGCAGCCUGUCAGAAGCAGCCCGUCAGAAGCAGUCCGUCCCGUACGAGGCUCAGCAGCUCCUCACCAUCCGAACAGAGGAGCGACACCAACACGUUGCAGCCGACAGAGUGGGAGCGCACAGCGACAUGCCCGUGCGACAGAGAGAGGCCCAGCGAGCUCUGGAGCUGCUGCAGAGGUAUCGCUCCAGCCUGGGCCAGAAAUCAAGGAGCCAGGGGCCCGACGGCACCGGCCCCGGGGGGUCCGACGGCACCGGCCCCGCGGAGCACGACCUCCAGCUCCAGCAGUCCCUGGACCGGGUCAUCACCGUCUUCCAGAGCCAGCUGUUCAACGCGCUGCUAGACAUCCAGGAGUACUAUGAGCUGACCCUCCAGUCAGACAGUCAGCUCCCUGGGGACCCAACCCCUGCUCUGGGGGAGGCGGGGCCGGGCUGUGGCCCCCCACCGGAGCUCUCCAGCCAGACGGACCUUCCCUCCGUCCCCCUCGGCGCCCCGCCCCCCUCGGGACCACCGGCACCGUCCGGGUCUUCGGACCCUAAACGCAAAUCCGUGAAGGCGCCGGCCCCCCCGGUCCCGUCUGGGGGCCCCGGGGAGAAGGCCCCCCUUUCACCGUCCCCUAAGGUCAAGAACCGCGCCCCGCCCCCGCCCGUCCAGCCCAGAGCCAACCGAUCAGAGCAGGCGGACGGGGCCCUGAAGGUCUCGGCCAAUGGGAUCCAUCCGUUCCUAAACACCUCCUCCAACGGACCGGGGACCCCGUCCUCCCCGGCGACCGGCCCGUCUACUGGAGGCGGGAGCCCUCCCCCCCCCGGCUCCGCCCCUCUCUGCCCGGGCGCCGUCUCCGCCCUCGUCUCCGCCACCAUCCAAGGCCUCGCCUCGCCCGCCUCCCUGGAAGCCGCCGCCGCCGCCGCCGCCGCCGCCGCCGCCGCCCCCGCCGCCGCCCCUGCCGCCGCCCCCGUCACCGUGGCGACCCCUCAGGGCAGCCAGGUUGCCGGGGCUCCCGCCGUCGCCGCGGCCAGCCAUCCGGCCCCCGCCCCGGUGGUGUCGUCCCAGCCGAGGCCCAGCACCCUCCCCCUCCCCCUCCCCGGCCCCCCCUCCCUCGGAGGGCCCGGCUCCGGUCGGGCCGUCCCAGAGCCGGUCAGGUCCGGUCCCACCAGCCCCCGCCUGGGACCGACCGCCGUCGGCCGCCAGGGCUCCGCUCUGAGCCAGGGGCCCCCCUCCACCACGGACCCCCUCCUGAGGUAGGGGCCACACAUGAUGCUGA